UUUAAAUCUAGCGGGGACCAAAUAAAAAAAACAUAACUUUGAAGUUGCAGUGUUUAACGUAAUAACAAACAAUCAUAAUUUUUAACUCGUGUUAAAAUAUUGUGAACAUAUAAAUUAAAACGUAAACUCAGAGUCUUUGCUGAAACAAACACAGUGCACCAAACUUAACAUUAUUUAUGAUAUAACUUAUAAUAUUUUUGCAAGUUGUAAAAUAAUAUAAAAACAAAUGGGUUUCAAAAUAAUCCGUUGAAAUUAAAGAUCAAAUAUCGCCCUUUAGGUGGCGUAAAGAUCUCCAUGACAACUGUUGUUACGUCACAGUCACUCUCAUUCUAGAUUUUGUUCUGGAAUAAGUAGUUUACUUAUGAUGUCAUAAUGGAUGAACGUCAUUGGUGGAUUGCAACGAAAAUUCAAGAAACUUUUCAAGUAGAGGACACGGACAGUCCAACUGUUCUUGAGCAUUUUCUACUCGAAGUAAACAACUUUGAACUGGUCACCCAGUUCCUAUCACCAGAUGGCAGCAACAAGCUUUUCAUCUACGGCCGUCGUCCAGAGAGUCGACCAUGGAUGACCGAAGAUCUAAAUAUGGUUCCAACUCUCAUGAACUUGAAGGGAGUUGGUCUAAAUGAGUUGGUGUGUGUCUUCUUCCUCCGUCCCUCCACCUUAGCAGAGGUGGAUCAGGUCCAUAUGCAUAAACAAAUAUUCUGUGGGGAGAUCAAGAACAAUCCGCUCAACCAACUUUCAACCGUGCUUUCACAGGUAUUCCUACCCAUGGUUAAAGCUCAGGAAGAUUGGGGUAAAUGUGAUGAUGAACAUAAACAACACUUCAUUCACACUGUGGAGAAAUAUGUCAAUGUUCUUGUUAACGCUACAAGCAAAAGUAAAGCUGUGAACCAACAGAUACUAAGGUUACCCGAGACACUGGUGACGCGAGACUUCGCCCAACAUCGUAUAAGCAGCACGUUUGAUACCACCAUCAUACAAGCACACGAGGAAGUUCUGCAUGAAUGGAUGCAAACUAUUGAUGGGGUGCUUAGUGAAGGGGAGGAUGACAGAUUAUUGGACAUCCACUCCGGCCCACUAACGGAACUUGAGCGUUGGAAGCGACGACAGCGAGUAUUAGUCGGCAUCACUGAGCAGUUGAAGAGCAAGGAAUGUAAGAAUGUGCUCGGGGUUUUGAUCCAAGUGAGGGCGAGGUCACUUAGGAGGUGGAGGACGAUUGAUAUCUCGAUAACAGAUGCACAGAACGAGACGAAAGACAAAGUGAAAUAUCUUGAAGCCCUCCGGCGCCAUCUAGAGGCCUUACAUCACGAAACCAACCCAGUAAACGUUGUUAACGCGAUAUUACCAACACUAGUGGGAGCUAUAAAGCAGAUGGAUUCAAUAUCGAGGUUCUACGCAAGAAGUGGUUAUCUGGGGUUGCUGUGUUUGAAGAUCGGCAACCAACUAGCCACGUUAUGUCGGGACCACGUCGGUGAGGUCCUCCGUAAUCCUCCGGAUCUAUGGAUGUUGAUCAAGGAUGAGAUAGAGAGGGAGGAUCCUCCACCUCCAAGCUUCAAGGUUUUCAAGAAGGGGAGCAGGAAGAAGGAACUGAUGCAUGAAGAUGAUCAUUCAUUGGUUGGGAGACUCCGUGCAUGCCUUGCCCUACAAACCUUCUACCGUGAUGUGGUUCGUGGUCUGCGUGACACACUCGGCACCACCAACACUAACGCUCAUAGUUUGGCGCAAUCUGUCAGUUCAUUGGAUGCCCCACCACCCAAAGUGAAGGGGAAGAGGGCAAAGCUCAAUAUUGGUUCGAUCGUGUCUACAGCUCCCACAGAAGCGAAGGAACCGAACACAUUCAACUGCGGUAUUCCGUUAUUUGAUGACGAUGCGAUCCUCGUUAACCUGGAUCUCGUCGCGGGGAAGAUGAAACAGACACUAGAUGUCCUCGCAUCACUUCGGCAAUUCAAUAAACUUGCUAAAGAUUCAGUGGGACUUCCCCGACCAAGGUUGGAAGAUAUUCCAUCGGGGCAAAACGAUUCAAACGUUGAUGAUAAGUCAGUGCGACCAGCAUCACCUAGUGGCCAGGAUGAAGCAUCGAAAAUUGCUGGUUGUUCCUCGUUUACCCAGCGAGGACAACACGGGAUGUUGACGGUUCCCGAGGAAGACGAAGAUUUGGACGAUGACUUUAGUUCAGGCUUUCACCGAAAAUCUGCAAAGUUUGUUGAAAGCGAAUCCGAUAUUUACGAGGCCACCGACCAAUCAUUGGCCUCCACGUCUCCGGUUCAAUCUAAUUAUAAUGCGGCCAAUUUCCUAAGACACUUAUACACCUCCGAUGAUGAAGGGCCUUCCAUCUCCUCCAUUAUCAAUGAGAAUCUUUCAUCUACAAUCAAAUCAAUAUUUGACGAAGCGUUCACUUACUUUACCCACCUCACCAACAACCUUGAUCAACUACUCGCCGUUUAUCUACAAGCAGUGUUUGCUAAACCAAUCAAAACUCAACAAGGGUUGUCUAUAUUGUCCAAGUUCCAAUCAGUGACCCAACGACCACGGUUGAAAGAUUUAUUCAGCGAAAAAUAUAGCGACGUUUUUGCCAUGUUUGCCAAGGAGCUUGAGUCUAUACAAGAGAUGUACGAGAAGAACAAGAACGACCCCAUAAUACCCAGGAUGCCCCUCCUGCUGCUGGGGCUAUAUAUUGGUCACGCCAGUUGUUAG